GUUCCCGCCCACCGCUGUAUGCUCGCGGGACCCCGGGACGAGGAUGGGCACUACUUUGCUGCUGCUUUCCGCUGGCCAGCUGAGAACACUGGAGGAGGUCCUGUCAUUACCAUGCCAGAAGGGCUCAGCCAAGAGGCCACGAUGAUGCUGCUGCGUCUUCGAUACGGAUCAGACGAAGUGGAGGCCGACUACAUUCUGGAGGCAACCUGGAAAGCAGGGAAGAAAAUAAUUUUUGGCUGUGAUGUUUUCGAGCUCCAAGCUUUAGGGGUGUUGAGGACCUACAGGGCUCCACCUCAUGAGGAGACUGAAAUGGGCUUCCAUUCAAUGCCCGUCACUUCGCAGAGCUGCUUGACUGGCCAGAAGUACGGAAGCGCUGCGAGGCAGUGGUCUCGAGUGGCAGAGGCAGCAGAGGCGGAGUCGGAGAACCCGAGCACGCCGAGCAUGCUCCCCUCUUCCAGGCAAUCUGAGCUCGGGACGUUGAACCGCAUCCGGCAUCGCGACGGCCAUGUGUGCGGCAGUUUGGAGGAGUACCUCCACGUAGCAUCGGACGACCUCGUCGCCUGGGAGCGAUCCCUUGCUCUGGAUGCGCCGCAGGCCGCGAAGCGGAAACUGGAAGGUGCAUGGCGACACUGGCACCAGAUCCUGUUUGAGUAUGGCCACAUCUUCGGAGCAGAUCUUGCCGAGAAGCUGCGAGAGCGGACGCGACACCGACGCGCUCAACUCCGCGAGGAGCGGAGUCGCCAACGAGGUCAGGACCUUCGAUUGCCUGCAGGGAAGGUCUGGUUCGAG